CCGCCGCCUCGGAGCGUUGCUCGUUGCGCCUCGGUCAAUCCGCGAGCAGUAUGGCGCUACGCGCUCUGGCACGGCAACGUACGUAGCCGUUACGUCGUUCGCUAUGUAUCCGUGUACCCGUCGACGAUCUGCCGCAUCCCUGACAGAGUGAAUCCGCGCGCGAAUUACGGUUGUCAGUCUCGCGCGAUUAGGGUGUACUUUUGGCAUACCAAGGGAGCGAGAUCGCGGAGUAGAAAAUAAGAAACGACAAAGGGCCACGUAGCGAAAACGAUUUUGCAAAGCCACGGUGAAGAGAAAAUGUUCUAAAAAUGCGAUUUUGAGGGAGCGAGUUUUAAAGGGCGACGCGCGAGUUAAUAUGCAACCGCGGGCACCGCGUCCGACCCGACGGCGGCCGUAGAUGACGCCGGAUAAACGUGAGCCCAGUGAGCGCGUUGCGGUGACGAGAGAGGCUUCCCUCCACAACGUGCGAUAAGUAAACGAUAACUGGCGAUCGAGGAUGACGGGCCCCGCGACGCUCGGCAUUGACAUCGGUACCAGCGACGCCAACGCGGCAACGAUCGUGAAGACAACGACGAAGGCGGUGAUAGUCGCGAAUUUUCGGAUCGGUUUCACGUGUUCGCGUACCGCUUAGAACACCGACGAUAUGACAUUAGGGCUGCGAACAGACUUAUAAAAGAACGUUACGUUUAUAUGCAAAAUUCGCUGGCAAGUGCUGUGAGAGGGUACACGGACACGGAGGUUCAGGCAGCACCAGCUGAUCGCCGAUAAACGCAACGAGACGCGCGGGGCAUGUCCCUGAUUAAUUAAUACCGCGUGUUCACGUCUCACGUUGACAAUUUGUGGGUGAUCCAUCCCUUGGACUACAAUAGAGCGACGAAUUUGCAAGAUGGCAUGUCCAUUCUCACGCUUCAAACAAACGUCGGUUCAGAUAACGUCGUCGAUUUUAGGAGAAGAUGGUGACGACCUUGAGGACACACAGACACUUAACUUGAAGCACCUAAGAGCCGCGGUGACCCUCUUGACUAACCCUUCGAAUGAAGUGGUGGAUGUGGCGCUAGAAGCUCUAUUAAAUAAACAUGAAGUACCUCUUCCAACGUCGACAACAUCGUCUUUAGAAAAACUUCUCAAUAAUGUUGGAAAGGAGGAAAACUAUAAUUUACUGGAAGACAUUUAUGAGACACUAAAUUACGAUUGUGACGUCGACGUGAACGCGUUUUUCGAUCAUCUCGGACAGGAGCUGAUCACAUCGGCUUGCGUGGGUUCGUGUCUCUUAGAACGGGCCUUCCGUUGCCUUGGGAACGAUCUGACCGCUUUCCUGACCACACUCGACGGCGUAAACGACGUUGUCCAGCAUCAGUCGGGAUCGGAUACCGAGGCGGAGUUUGUGUGUAUCGCCACACCGGAAGCGCUGGAGCUACACUUCACCACCGACCACCCUUCUAUCGCCUAUCUUCUGGUGGGCAGUCUGAAAGGCAUAGCCAGGCAGUUCUAUAAGGACCAAGCCGAUGUGUAUAUACUGCCGGAUCCCUACAACACAAAAUUUUUUAGAUACCGGAUUACUCCGGAGCGUUAUAGCGAAAAGCUGGGCGUAGACGACGAUUGCGACGUGGUGUCACCCACUUUCCGUCCACUCUCAACUGAAGCAACGGACCUUCGUAUGGGGGUAGCGUGCUUUUGCAAGGCGUUCCCGUGGCACUUCGUCGUCGACCGUCAGCUGGAGCUCGUUCAACUCGGCGUUGGUUUCAUGAAAAUUUUCGGACACCACUUGAACCGACUCGGCAGGGAGAUAUCGACAUAUUUCGCCUUCACACGACCUCACGGCGUCACUCUGACCUUUCACGAGAUCUUAAAGCGCGCGAAUACACCGUUUAUCCUGACCCUCCAGAGACCGCACGACGUCGAUAAAUAUCCCGCGGAGGGCCUGGAAAUGAAGGGUCAGAUGGUACACUGUCCAGAAUCAGACUCGAUUUUAUUCGUAAGCUCACCGUUCUUGAACGGUCUCGAGGGCUUAACGGGUCGAGGACUCUUCAUUUCUGAUAUCCCUCUCCACGACGCUACAAGGGACGUUAUACUCGUUGGCGAGCAAGCCAGGGCACAAGAUGGCUUAAGGAGACGAAUGGAUAAAUUGAAGAGUUCUAUUGAAGAAGCUAACCUGGCGGUCAAUGUGGAAAGAGAAAAGAAUAUCAGCCUUCUACAUCUUAUAUUUCCGGUGGAUAUUGCGAAACGUCUGUGGCUGGGAGAGACAAUCGAAGCAAAAACGUAUCCAGAUGUCACGAUGCUGUUUAGCGACAUAGUCGGAUUUACAUCUAUCUGCGCUACAACAACCCCGAUGAUGGUCAUCAACAUGCUUCAAAAUCUGUACGAGCAAUUUGACCUUUACUGUGGUCAGUUGGAUGUGUAUAAGGUAGAGACAAUCGGCGAUGCCUACUGCGUUGCAUGCGGCCUUCAUCGAAAUACCAAUACACAUGCACAACAAAUUGCUUGGAUGGGCCUAAAGAUGAUACAAACGUGCUCUCAUCACUUGACUCACGAAGGCAAGCCAAUUAAGAUGCGCAUCGGCAUUCACACCGGAAUGGUGUUGGCAGGCGUCGUGGGCAAGAAGAUGCCAAGAUACUGUCUCUUUGGACAUAACGUCACGUUGGCGAAUAGAUUUGAAUCUACGAGCGAGCCACUUCGUGUCAACGUCAGUCCAACUACGUACCUGUGCUUAAUACAAAACUCGGGAUUCAUAUUGGAACCGCGGACCAAGGACAAUUUACCCAAGGGAAUGCCAGCAAGCGAAUCGGGCACGUGUUACUUUCUGAAUGGGUAUCAGCAUAGCGACGUCAGCGCAAGCGAACCUCUCGCUGUGCAUAUUCAAGCUGCAAUUACGGAGCUCGGAAUCAGUAGCAAUAUGUAGAUACCUUCCGAUACGGGGACGUUUACCGUUGAUCAGUGUGUUACUUUAACGAUAUUACCGUCGAUAAUAGCGAUGGCAGACCCGAGACAUUAUCAGACCGAUCGAUGUAUAUGAGCUCUCAAAGCUGGCACUAAAGGUACAUUAAAAGCAUGGCGCUAAUUGUGUACGAACAUAUUGAAAGAGAAUCCUGUGCGGAUACUAUUUAUACGCAGAGUCUUAGAUUGUAAUCAUUAUAUACCUACUAAAUAUAAGAAGCAAGUAAAACUCUAUCAUGGAAUCUA